AUUUAUCUGUGAAAGUGUACAAAUGUGGAAAAAUAAAACAAAGCCGCUAGACGUAACUUUUCGGGAUCCUCCAAAAAGUCCACUGAAAAAGUGUCAGUAAAUGACCACCAUUUUACUGAGAUUAUAUUUCAUCCCAUAUCAUGCCACGGUUCACAUUAAUUAACUUCAUUUCAUUUCGUAUCAUUUUUUAUAUAUUUAAUAAUAUAUGUAUAUAUAAAAGAUUAGGCAGUAUGGUAUAAUGCCUUUGCCUUUCCAGUUGGAAAAAUAAAACUACUACUACUAUGUUAACGUCAACGGUGUCAAAGUCAACAGCACAUUCUUUUUGUUUUCCAACACGUGAAACAUGUGAUUGUUUUAUUUUGUAAUAAAAUAUAAUCUCAACUGAUAUUUAAUUACCAUUAAAUUUCACCUAAGCGACGAACCUUCUCACAAAAUGGAAACGGAGAACAUAAGUGUUGAUGAUUUUUUGCCAGCUAAAAAGACGAUGAAGCUUAAAAAUAUAAAGCGCAAAGCUACAGAUGACACCGGAGAUGGUAUGGAGGUUGAAGAGCCCACAAUUGGGGAAAGCAAUCCAAAGAAGCCUAGAAGGAACCGAAAAAAACAUAAAAAAAGUUCAGACCCUAAUGAGAGUAAAGUUGCAAUGCGAAAAGUUGCGGUCCCAGCUCACAGAUAUACACCACUUAAGGAAAGCUGGCUGAAGAUAUUUACUCCGAUUGUUGAACACUUAUUGCUACAAGUAAGGUUUAACACGAAAACGAGGAAUGUUGAGAUAAAAGUCGGACCAGAAACAAAAGAUAUUGCAAAUUUACAGAAAGCUGCUGAUUUUGUAAAGGCUUUCAUAUAUGGUUUUGAAGUUGAUGAUGCCUUAGCGUUGCUCCGGCUAGAUGAUUUAUUUGUCGAAUCGUUCGAGGUUAAAGAUGUGAAAACACUAAAUGGUGACCAUUUAAGUAGAGCUAUUGGUCGUUUAGCUGGCAAAGCUGGUCGAACAAAAUUCACAAUUGAAAAUGUAACAAAAACAAGAAUAGUACUAGCAGACUCAAAAAUUCAUAUAUUGGGCAGUUAUCAGAAUAUUGCUUUGGCAAGACGGGCUAUAUGUAAUUUGAUAAUGGGAUCUCCGCCUUCAAAAGUUUACGGGAAUUUGAGAAACGUCGCUAACAGAGUGGCUGAAAGAAUAUAGUUGUAAAAUGUAUUAUAAAUAAAUCUAUGUAUUUAUA